CGCACACACUGCCUGCGUCUGUCUACUUUGCCGUAGUAAAUUACGGCAUUGAUCUCAACACGGAGUGCGGAUCUCUCUCUUGUGUCGCUCUCUUCUUCGACGGACCGACUUGGAGAAACGCCUGAGAGACAAGAAACCUGCAGACACUCCUCUCUUCCUGUGUGUCUGUCUGUUAGGACCCCUCGUCAUGUCCCUUUAGCUGCCCUGCGUGAUGCCUGAUCAUGACAGCACCACCCUCUUAACCAGACAGACCAAGCGCCGACGCGUCGACAUUGGGGUGAAAAGGACUGUGGGUAGCUCCAGGGAGACCCUGCUCAACGGCAUGAACCAAUCGCACUGCCCCGAUCAGGACGGAGACUGCUCAUUGGUCAGUCACGGCCACGGGGGGACCAAUGGUGACGGGGAGAAGUCGAACGUUCUGAGGAAGUUGCUGAAGAGGGCCAACUCGUACGAAGACUCCAUGAUGCCUUUCCCUGGUGCCACCAUCAUCUCUCAGCUGCUGAAGAAUAACAUGGGCAAGAACGGAGGGAGUGACUCAGGCUUCCAGGGGAGUGGAGCUCUGUCCAGCGGAGGCUCAGAGAUCCAGGCAGAGGACGCCUGCAGCAACUCCUCCUCCCGGGACCGGGACAGCCCCUCUGACUGCCUGUCCCCCGGACCUCCUCUCCCUCCUCCUCCUACCUCCUCCUUCGGACGGCCGCCGCCUCCGCCCAACCACCCUUCCCACCCUGCCUCCCAAGCCCUCUCCCUCUCCUCCUUCGACCUGGAGAGGCUGUCGGACGAGCACCUCCGCGCCAAGCGGGCACGGGUGGAGAACAUCAUCCGCGGCAUGAGCCACUCGCCGCUGGUCCGGACCAGCACCGGCGACCACGGCCAAGAGAACGCCCGCGACAAUGAGAAUGGCAGCAACAACAGCAACGGCAGUGGCAACGACCACCGAGGGGAUGCCAGCAACCACAACAGCAGCGGCCACAACCACAGCCGGAGCGAGUGCCCACCGACCCUCCUGAGCUCCCCGGGGUCACGGGGUGGUGUGGUCGGCGUUGGUGAGGUUUACCGGGAGAAUAAGAGGAAGCAACGGCUGCCGCAGCAGCAGCACAGCUUCACCCAGCUGGUUUGUUCCAGGCAGGAGCAGAGACAGGAGGAGAGAAGGCAGCUCAAACUGCAGCUGGAGGACAUGCAGAAACAGCUUCGUCAGCUCCAGGAGAAGUUCUAUCAGAUCUAUGACUCAGAGACGGAGGAAGAGGAGGAGAAUGGUGAGAGCGGAGAGGUGGACCGGGGAGGAGAGAGAGAGGAGGACGGCAACCUGUCAGAGGACAGCAUCCGCUCUGACGGCCUGGAGGAGAGGCACAGGGAGAGGGGGCGGCGGAGCCAUGACGAUCUGUCUGAGCUAGACCCGGGCCUGUUCCUGGACCGGGCCAGAGCCCUCCUCCGUGAACAGGCCCUGAUAGACGGAGAGAUGGAGGAGGAGGUGGAGGGCAGGGAUGAGGAGGAGAGGAACACAGAAAGGGUGAUGAAGAGGAGAGGAGAAGCAGCAUCAGGAGGAGGGAGGCAGCUCGCGGAGACGCUGAAACAGGAGCUGAACUGCGCUGUGUCGCAGGUCGUCGAUACCGUCGUCAAGGGCUUCUCCUCGCCCAAACAGGCCAGCAGUCAUCGUCAUGGUGGCACACCGGCCGCACCUUCCUCUUCCUCCAACUCCUCCUCCUCCUGUCCACCCCCCUUCGGUCCCCUGCCGUCCCUCACCCCCGACUCGCGCUUCGGUGGCGGUGCCCUGGCCCUCAGCCUGAAUGGCGACGGCAGCCCCACCCCGAACUACCACUCCUCCAAUCAGAGGCUGCACUGCUUCGGCGACGUCAUCGUCCCGAGCCCGCUGGAUUCAUUUGGUGGCUUGAGCGGCAGGCUAAGUGGCGUGCCAACACCCAACGACCAAACGGAGGCACUGCCACUAGUGGUGCGCAAGAGUGGUGGGGGCGGAGGAGGAGGUGGAGAGAACGCCAACCCCUCCCUCCCUCCGCCUCCCCCUCCUCACCACCCCUCCCUCCAUCCCUCCCCCCUCUCCGCCUCACUGGGGUUCAGCCCUCCGUCGUUUCGCCACCCAUUCCCCCUCCCCCUCAUGGGUUACCCAUUCCAGAGCCCCCUGGGGUCCCAUGGAGGAGGGGCGGGCUACCCCCCGGGUCCCAAGGACCACCACCGGUCCUCGCCCGAUUCCAUGGACAUUCCCCGGGAAACUGUCAGCCUCAGAACCAAAAUGGCUGCUCUUGGAGGGGGCCAUCUUAGCCACCACCACCACCAGAGGCAGACAUCACCCAGCCAACAUGGCGGUGGGCCGGAGGGCCUGUCGCUCUCCCUGAUCAAGUCUGAGUGUGGGGACCUGCAAGAUAUGGCUGACAUAUCACCCUACUCAGGCAGCACUAUUCAGGAGGGCUUGUCUCCCAACCACCUGAAGAAAGCCAAGCUGAUGUUCUUCUACACCCGCUACCCUUCCUCCAACAUGCUCAAGAUGUACUUCUCUGAUGUCAAGUUCAACCGCUGCAUCACCUCCCAGCUGAUCAAGUGGUUCAGUAACUUCAGGGAGUUCUACUACAUCCAGAUGGAGAAGUUCGCCCGGCAGGCCAUCAACGAGGGCGUGACCGCCGCCGAGGAGCUGGCGGUGGGCCGCGACGCCGAGCUCUUCAGGGCGCUCAACAUGCACUACAACAAGGCCAACGACUUCGAGGUUCCUGACCGAUUUCUGGAGGUGGCCCAGGUCACUCUUCGCGAGUUCUUCAACGCCAUCGUGGCCGGCAAGGACGUGGACCCAUCGUGGAAGAAAGCCAUCUACAAGGUGAUCUGCAAACUGGACAGCGAGGUUCCCGACAUCUUCAAAUCCCCCAACUGUCUACAAGAACUCCUCCAUGACUGACUAGGACGAGCAAGGAAAGCCAGGAACCAAGACAAGCCCCCAAGGAUGGUGAGAAGACUGUAAGAAAACACCUAAAAAAGGGCCCAAAGUUGGUCUUCGUCGAGGUCUCGUUUGAUGUUUGAUGAUGUUCGAAGGCAAUGCAUAGACUUGAAGUGAUUCUACUUGGAGGUUUCUGAGGACUUUUUUUGUUGUUGUUGUUUUCGGUCAGCCCAUCUCUCAAAGAUGAAACCCUCAAGAUGUUUUAUAUAAAAAAAAAAUAUUCUUGAACCACGAGGUAGAAGACUCAAGAGUCGGACGACAGACGCACUAACAACUGUCUCGAAGACUUUUAUGAAUUAAAAGCGAAAGAGUAAAAAUCGACCCAUCCUUGCACUUACAGACAAGCUCCUCUUCUCCUGAAACCCCGUCCCCUUCUUUUCUCCUCCGCCUGCAGCUCUUCGUCCUUCUCUGGACGAACAAAGGGAUGAUGAAAACGAUGGAUGAUUCUUCCACUGACAACUUGGGGGAUGAACUAAGAAAAAAAGAUAAUAUAUAAAAUCUUUUUAUUGUGGAUGUUUUUAGGUUACAUGGACAUUUUUAAAAAAGUGAUGUUUCUGUAUUUUUUUCUCCUUUAUAUAAACUUACAGCCUCUCUUCUACAAAUCCUCGAUCACUCACAUAUAUACACAAACACUUCAACACACAUUCUCACACACACACACACACACACACACACACACACACACACACACACACACACACACACACACACACCGUACUUUUGAAUAGGAAAGCACAGUAGCAUUCCCAAAUCCUCAGUCCUGACCCAGACCCAGGUCUUCUGGGCAAAAAAUAAACUUAGUUGUUGUUUAUUUUUCCCUCUUUUUUCCUCCUCUUUUUACUUCUUCCACUUCUUAUUGUACUGAGACUCACUGGGUGUUUGUUUUGACUGUGUGGCUCUCCCACCCCACCCUCCCCUGGCCGCCCCUCUUGGCUUCUGCUUGAGCCCCAAGAGCAUCCAAAGCCAGAAUUUUCUGGGUUUUUCAUCAAAAACUUGCAAAAUCAGUGAUUGGGAAAUUUGUUUUGAACCAUCAGACGAAGCAAGCAAUGAUCCAGUAGCCUAUGAGAAAAAAAUUAGAAUUGCAGUAUUCACUUCUGGUUCUGCGGUGAUUAAUCCAGCACCUAGUCGUAGGACUGGGUAUUAGAACCGAGACCCGAUCCGCUUCUGAAUUGACUGGGAAGGCGAUUCCACAUCGAUUCAGUACGGGGUAUUUGGUCAACUGAGCUUCCUCAGGCGCGUAGCACAGGAAGUGCUUCAUGUAACAUUUAGACAAAAGAAAAAUCGACCCUCAUCCACUGAAAAAAGGCAGAUAAAGUCAGAUGGGACUUUAGGAAUCAAUAUUGGAUCAUUCAGAUGUACAUCACGAUUAAUUGUAAAAUCAGUAAUUUUCCCAGCCUCAUAUAUUAUGCAGCACAGAUGCAGGAAAGGCGAUUUCUAUCAUGGUUAGCACAGUAGGUGAACAUCCAAUUUUGUUCAUUUUCAUUUAAACUGUGUAUGAGGCGAAAAUUGUCUUUUAUGUUAUCAAAUUUCGUGACAAUACAGCAAAAUACACAAAACAACUGCUCAAAAUCCAAAUCUGAAAAAGACAAAGACAAAAAAAGCUAUUUUAUUUUUAAUACAAAGUGGCACAUUUUUUUAAGGUUAAUCAUUUUGUAAUAGGUUGUUUAUUUUGUAACAAUUACCAGAAAUCAAAUUGUGCAUUCCAGUUUAAUCCUAUUGCUUGGAUUUCUCUCAGAACAAAGAACUGUGUCGAGAUCAGAUGGGAAAAAAAAAAAAAAAAUUAAAAGGUGCUCUGGGAAACAUUUAACCCUCACAGACCCACUUUGAAUUUGUAUGGUCACAUGUUUGGAAACUUCCAGAGCCCAAAUUUAAAUUUAACCCCCUUGUCAAAAACUGCGUGUGGGCGAACCGAGAGAAUCAAAGGCCCUUGACCCAUUUUUCCACGAGCCCCUUAGUUAAAGAAACAGUUUCUAGAAGUUUCUCCCUGCUCUGGGCGGCUGAGAGGGGCUGCUGUACCGGCCAGGUCACAUGUGUGAAGUGUUUUCAAGGUUUUAACUGCAGAAAAGA